AUGGAUUCUGUUCGUUCUGGACCAUAUGGACAACUAUUCCGUCCAGAUAAUUACGUGUUUGGCCAGUCAGGAGCGGGUAACAACUGGGCAAAGGGCCACUAUACCGAGGGAGCUGAACUCGUCGACAAUGUCCUAGAUGUUGUUCGUAAAGAGGCUGAGGGCUGCGAUUGCCUUCAGGGCUUCCAACUUACGCAUUCUCUUGGAGGAGGUACCGGAUCCGGUAUGGGCACUUUGCUUAUUUCAAAAAUUCGUGAGGAGUACCCUGAUAGAAUUAUGGCUUCGUUCUCUGUUGUUCCUUCACCAAAGGUUUCCGACACCGUUGUGGAACCUUACAAUGCUACUCUUUCUGUUCACCAACUGGUAGAAAAUACCGAUGAAACGUUCUGUAUUGAUAAUGAAGCUCUGUAUGAUAUCUGCUUCCGCACAUUGAAGCUCACAAACCCAACUUAUGGAGAUCUCAACCACCUAGUGUCUGUCACAAUGUCCGGAGUCACGACUUGCCUCCGAUUCCCUGGACAACUAAAUGCUGAUCUUCGCAAGUUGGCCGUGAACAUGGUUCCAUUCCCUCGUCUUCACUUCUUUAUGCCCGGUUUUGCCCCAUUGUCUGCUAAGGGUGCUCAAGCAUAUCGCGCUUCAACUGUCGCUGAGCUUACACAGCAAAUGUUCGAUGCCAAGAACAUGAUGGCUGCCUGUGAUCCUCGCCAUGGACGCUAUCUUACGGUGGCUGCCAUGUUCCGUGGUCGCAUGAGCAUGCGGGAAGUAGACGACCAGAUGAUGUCUGUACAGAACAAGAACUCGUCAUAUUUCGUUGAAUGGAUUCCAAACAACGUGAAAACUGCCGUUUGUGAUAUUCCUCCUCGUGGACUGAAGAUGGCUGCUACUUUCGUUGGUAACUCGACUGCGAUCCAAGAGCUGUUCAAGCGUAUUUCGGAGCAGUUCACAGUUCAUCUCUUCUAUAAUUGGUCGCCGUUUAAGCCUAUGUUCCGUCGCAAAGCCUUCCUUCAUUGGUAUACUGGUGAGGGUAUGGAUGAAAUGGAGUUCACUGAAGCUGAAUCGAACAUGAACGAUCUUAUCUCCGAAUACCAACAGUACCAGGAAGCCACCGCUGACGAUAUGGGCGAUCUCGAUGCAGAAGGCGCAGAAGAGCCGUACCCCGAGGAGUAG